GUCCGCCACGGCUAUGACAGUGGGCGGGACCACGCUGGUGCACUGCGGCUCGGGUGGGGAGGACCGGCCGGCCCACCUCGCCAUUCCCUCGAACGCGCUGGCACCCUCGCUCAACGCCGCCCUCAACUCCACGCUGAAUUCCACCCUUGGCGGCAUCGGCAACAUCGGGGCCACGACGGCCGCCGCGGCCGCCGCCGCCUGGCCGCCCACGCUCUGGCAGUACCCCACCGCAGCCAUGCCCAUGGAGCCCGUAGGGUUCCCCCAGAUGGGAGUCGGACUUCAGGGUGGACUUCAGCUCGUCAGGGAUCCUUCAACUGGACACCUUCUCCUGAUACACGCGGCUGAACAAAUGCAGCAGGCAGUCGUCUGGCCUAAUUACCCGAAUCAUGGCAGCAAUAACGUCGGUCCACCACCGCCUCUUCUGCUGCCUCCGCCACCACCCCCGUCUCUUCAGCUUCUGAGUGACAUCGGUGGCGCGAGGCUGGUCCUCACGGAGAACAAACGGAAGCAACAGAGCAGCCUGCCAAUCGUCAAGAUCGAAGCCGAUUGCGGAAGUAGUCCAACCACGAUCAUCACAUCUACGGAGUCAACCAAGGCGCUGCAGACCGUCACUUCUGUGACGGGGACUCUGAUUCCGGACACGCCGUUAGUAACCACUUUGCAUUACUAUCCGCAUGCACCAGCACUGGUACAAAUCAGCCAAGCCGAGCCUGCACACUGUAAAACGCAGCAGCCAAAUGCGUUUCUCUCGAAGGCGACAUCACCCGUCUCCUGUUUGACCCCUCCACCUGAAGUGACGACGAUCCACGCGAUCGAGCCUGCCGAUUCGAUUCCGAUCGGAGUCCAGGAUGCUUCGAACCAAACGGACGCCCCAGAGACCGACGAAGAACACGGGAUAAUAGAGCCUUACGUGAAGCAAGAACAAAAUCCAAGUCCUUGUCAAAUGCAAGGCGCAAGUACACCGAGUUACGACAUGGUGUCAUCCUCUGACAGGAUCUGCAGUGUCAGAAUCGGAGGCACCGGGAGUCAACGCGGAAGCAUCAUCACCAAGGUCGACAAGGCCGAAAAUACCGUCGUCAACAUGUCCGACCGUUCAAAGCAUGGCCCUACUCAAUCGCCGAUCAAGGAUUGCAGGAACUCGGUCGACAGGACGAUCGAGCACGUGGUCAAUUACUGCCAAGAGGAGCCUGACGAAGACGAAGAAAAGGUCUCGGUCGAACAGGAACAGAGGCCGAUCCUUCGAGACGCAAGAAUGGGGCCUAAAAUCAUAGAGAUCACCGAAGAGAACUGCGACAGUUUCCACGAGAACUUGGAGUUCUUCACCAGAAGAAGAGACCCCCAUGACUACUACUUGGGGAAACCGGAGGAUCUCACAAGGUGUUCCGAAGAGAAGUGGUACCGGGAUAAAGAGGAGGCCGAGGUGAAGAUCACCGAGGAGCCUAAACUAGUGGAGACUCUUGACGGGAAUUCAAAGAUCACCUCCUUGGAGCCUAAUUUCCAGGAUGCCGAGAGCAGUGGUCUCGAAACCGGCGGGCUUCAUUGCGGUGUCGUGAAAUCGGUCACCUCUGCCGGUGUUAGCUCUCUUCCGGGCGCCCCAAAUUGCGAGAGUUGCGGGAAAAAUCGCGAAUCUUGGCCUCCACAGGGCGGGGAAACUCAGAUACAGCUGACCGUUAAGUCGUUCGACAUGCCUUCCAUCGACGAGGAGCACGACGUGGAACAAGUGGUGGUCAAACAAGAGAAGGAUGAAAUCAGGUUCACGGAUUGCGCUUACGCCUCGAAAAGUCCUGCGAUUCCAGUGGAAAGACCGAAAUGCCUCGAGAGUUUCAAGAGACAUUCCGGGGAGAAGUUACAUCCCGGGAUUGAAAACGUCGUUGAGAAGUUGAAGAAGAAGAACGCCGCGAUGCAGGAUUCCCACAAGGCUGAGGAAGCGAAGGAGAGAUUGGGGAAUCCACCCGAGACUUUACUCAGACCCGUUGAGAGUACUCACCGAAGGUUAGAGAAUGGCCUGAAGAAACUGAUUCUAAGGUCGUGCGAGAAUGCCGAGGCCCUUGAGAAGCUGAAGAGCGCAGAGGAGAAAUGUCCCGGAGACCAAGUCCCGGAUCGGUUCGUCCUCUCCGAUAAGUAUUCUCAGAGGACAGAGGUCGACCGCAAGUCCCCCGGGAUGAAUCUCCCUACUCACGAAUUCUUCCUCAACAACAACAACGAGAGCAGUAACAAUAAUAUCAUCAAUAACAAUAACAACGAGGAAAUGAAGAUCCCGAAGCAAGAGAGGAUAGGCCAGGAUGGUUACUGCGAACUCUUCGAAAAGGAGGAACCGAGCGAUCGAAAGUUCGACUCCAUGACUCCUAUGAAGAGCGUGGACCCUGGAUUUGGUAGCGCAGGUCCGGACUCCUCUUCCGUGACUAUCUCACCCUCGACAGAAGCCUCGGAUUUGUCAUCACCAGGCGUGGAGGAGAAGAGACCCAGGUUGACCGGCAAACAGAAACUUUCGGUUGACCUUAGCGGUUUGGAACUCCUAUCCAAUAGCAUAGAACAAUUCGAACACCUCAAACCGGAGAUUCAGAACGGUUUAACUGCUGAUCCGGAUAAGUCACCGAACAGAUCCAAGGCUUUGGUUCCUUCAGGGGAGAGCAACAAUAACGUGGAUAGCCCGUUGGGUUUACUUUGUGCCCUCGCCGAGCAGAGGUUCAUGGAAGAAGUUGCAGUCGACGUACCGAAGCGAACGACUAAUUUGGAGAGUUCGGAAGAGAUUUCUCGUGCAGGCAGGCUUCUCCUAAAUCUUGGGAAAAGCAGCGUUCUCGGAAGAAGCAGGGUAGAGAAAAGGAAGCACUCCUGCGAUGGCUAUGAACAUUCGAAGAGAGCCUGCGAAGAUCGUUUUAAGAGAGCCUCCCUCGAGGAGGAGCCACAUUACUUUGAAGACAUCAAAAAGAGCAGAAAGGGCGGAGAGAUAUUGUUUAGGAUGAAGGAAAAGACCCGGAGGAACAUCGACUUCACCGAGAGCACUGAUAAAGUCCCGAGCAAUGGAGAGAAUCCUGCGAGGAAGGAUGGCGAAGAGGGUAGUAAGUAUCCUUACGAUGAGAGUCACGGGAAGGAGGAAAGUAAAAUCACUGUCGAUGAUGCCGGGUACGAAAGGACUAAGCUGCUCAAGGAGUACAAUAAGAAGUACAAGUACUUUCGCGGAGUCAAGAAGCCUUAUGGGGAGGUCCAACAGGAAUGUGACUUCAGCGAUCCGGAAAUAGUCGACUUAAGCGGAGAGAGGAAGAAAUUUUGCAGUCCUCUCGCAGGAACUUUAGGACCUGAGAAUUUUGAAGAUAAAGUCCCACCCUUGGAGGAUCACCAUGAAUCUCCCGAAUCGCAGCUCCAUACUUACGGUAGUAUUCGCGGGAAGUUGGAGGCAAAGAAGUUCAUCGCGAAGAAAGGUCUUUUGGAGAACGACGGGGAUUGGCCGAAUAUGGACGCCAUGGAGUUGGAUAUGCGAGUCAGGUUGGCCGACAUCCAGAGACAGUACAAGGAGAAACAGAAAGAACUGUCCAAAUUGACCCCAAAGAAGGAAGAAAAGAAGAGUCCCGGAAGGCCUCGAAAGAAGAGCCACUCUUCUAGCUCCGAAAGUGGAAUUCUGGCGUCGCCGCCGAUGUUGGACUCCGCGAGCUCUCCGUGCAAAUCUCCGAUAAUGGCAAUCGAUGAGCCUACUCCACCUUUGACGUCGGUACUGGCCAUGCCAAGAUGUAAUGUUAAUUUAAUAAAAUUAGGCGAGCCCCGAAGUCACAUCAAGUUGUUGGACAGCAUACCAAGCAUCCCGAUACCGGUGCAACCGGUGGCGUCACCCAUUACGGUUCUCCCGGUAAAUAAAGUCCAGCAAGAAGAAGAAGAGAAGAACAACGCAAGGUUGAAUUACGAAACGUCCUCGCCAGCGCCAACAAUUGCCAGUACGAGUUCUGCAUCGAAGAAGCGGAAGGUUGGCAGACCUCGAAAAAUAAUGUGCAGCUCUGGAAGUACCAGGCACUUUACGGAAACCAUCGUGGCAAAGAAGCCGAAGAGCAAAAGCUCUCUUGUAGGGUAUCUAAUGAAUUCGAAAAACAGACACCACCUGCAGAACAAGUUUGUCAGUAAAUCGGGGUACACCCCAUUGCCCUUCAAGUCCAGUUUGUCGUGCUCGAAGAUCUCGUCGAAGAGUCACAAGGUCUCAAAGCCAAAGACCAAACCGGUGAAACAAACUCCGCUUCACAGUAAAACGGUAAUCAGUUCCAUAAUCGCAGAGAAGGCUAAACUUAGCCAGGAUUCAAAACUGGAAAAGCAGACAAGUAAAAUCAAGCCGAAGUUGAAAGCGGAGGCCAAGGUCAAGACUUGGGAGGACGAAGAAAGCGGUGACUGGGCCAGCGUUGCGGACAGCACAGUGCCGGAAACAAUCCUGCCAGAAUCUCCAAAAGAAAUUUACGUAGAUCCGCCAGAGAAAGAGGAGAUCCAGGUGGAAGAGAAGGAAGAAAGGCCCGAGAAGACCAAAAAGAAACGCAAAUCUACUUCUUCCUCACCGAAGAGGCACAAGUCCACCGAGAGGGAAGCGAAGGAAUCGAAACGACGAAAGUCGUCGGAGUGCAAGGAGUGCGCAAAGGCCGCGAAAGCGGAACGUGCCGAGAGCAUCAUCAACCGAUGCAAAUUAACAUCUGCACAUCUAGCCAUCGAUCAGCUAAGAGUCUUGACAGCUAUGGGUGGUCUUUUCUAUGCAGGCAGACUGAGUGCCGUUCAAGCACCGGACGUCUACGCCAUUACUUUAGACGGAGAACGAGGCAACAGGCCCCACAUUCAUUCGAGAGAAGAGAUCCUAAGAGACGCCAUCGUCGAAGUCUGUCCGAGCUCGACGAAGGAGUUACCACCUGGUACGAGGCUUUGUGCCUAUUGGAGCCAGCAAUAUAGGUGUCUCUAUCCGGGAACUUCCGUGGAACCUACGGAGCCAGAUCCAGAACUCGAUGAGAAGUUCGUCAGCGUAGAGUUCGACGAUGGCGAUAGUGGCAGAAUAGCUCUCGACGACAUCAGGUUACUGCAACCGGACUAUCCCGUUGUUGAGUACGAUCCUAAUCCAUUAUUGUCGUUGGGUAAACGGCGACGACAAGCGUCGAUGUCAACGGAAGAUAAGAGGUCCUCCACCACGACGCAACUUUCCGUUCCAACAUUGAGUUCUUCGUCGACGGUACCUACAACGUCGGUCACUGGAAGUGACGCGAAAUCCCCAGAGAAACAAAAAGUCGACGAAAUAGAUGCAAAGGCACUAGAGGACUAUCGCGAAAGGAAGCGAAUGAAGAAAAGGAAACGAGAUAAGCUGAAAAGACUCCAGGAAGCGCAGGAGGGGAAGAAAAAGCACAGGAGGCACAAGUGCUGCGAGGAACACCGAAAACAUAAGCACAGGAAGCACAGGAAACACAAGCACAAGCACGGUCAUCAUAGCAGCCACAGUGAAACGAGCCAUCAAAGUGGCGGAGAAAGCUGCUCAGGUCAAAAAAGCGAAGAGGAACCCGCUAAAGAUAUUUCCCUAAAGACUGACGAGGACAAGGAGCCUAUCGAUGAGAAGUUGGUCGAAAAUGAAACGACCGAAGAACCUGUAACCGAACCAGUGCAAGAAGUCGUAACGGAGGAAAAGGUGGAGAAGCCUAAGAAAUCAGAUAAGAAGGCAAAGUCACGGGAAAGACAGGAGUCCGUGGAAAGUAGAAGUAAAAUGGCGGCAUUCCUGCCUGCCCGGCAACUCUGGGGCUGGGCUGGGAAAGGUUAUAGGAGGCCAGGAGCUAAGGGUAGGGCGAAGAAACAGUUCUUCCGAGCUAUCCAAAGGGGAAGCGAAACGAUCCAGAUCGGAGACAGUGCCGUAUUUCUUUCAACGGGUAGACCCGAUCGACCUUACAUUGGCAGAAUCGAAUCCAUGUGGGAGACUUCAAGUUCUAAUAUGAUCGUUAAGGUCAAGUGGUUCUACCAUCCCGAAGAAACUGUGGGCUGUCCGACUAAUCUGAAAUAUCCCGGUGCUUUAUUCGAAUCUCCACACAUGGACGAGAACGAUGUACAGACGAUCUCUCAUAAGUGCGAGGUUCUUCCAUUGGAAGCCUACACCGAGAAAUUGGGAAAAGAGCCACACAGAUACCUCACUAUCUACGACAACAAUGACAUUUACUAUUUGGCUGGGUACUACGACCCUACAACCUACUUACUCACCAUGCAACCGGGGGUUGUUUGAGAAAAGCUUAUGCUGACGAUUAAGUUAACCGGUAUAACUUAAUCGUGGUCAGCAAAACGUUACGCGAAAUUCAAUUCUACUGCAGACCGAUGAGGCUGCUAUCCUGGAGAGAGAUGGUCUUCGUGUCAGGUUCCGGAUCAAAAUGGUCUUGAAGGAGGAGACUGAAAUGCUUAGACUACGUCUGCGCAGCAAGUUCAAAUGAAUUCUAUUGAAUUUAACUUUCAGCAAUACUACGUACCGAUGAUACCGUGAUUGACAGUUACAUUGGUACUCCUGGAUUUGUAAUCUACCGUGACAUAACGUUUCGCAGUUUGUCGACCGCCGGUAGGGAUCUUUCUUCCAGACUUAUUUGGCGCAGUCUUAAAACACGAGAUAGGACUAAUCUAGCCAGUCCGUUUACGUUUUAAAGUGAGCCAUAAUUAGUCUUACUUGGGUACUCGUGUAAAAUAGUGUCGAGUAACAGUGGAAGCUCGUAUAGGGGGUCGUUGCCAAGUAAUGUCUCGCUAUCUUUCAUAUUCGGGUAGUGCAGUAUUUAAUUAAAAGGGCUACAAUAAUUUAGAGGUAAAUGCAUGGAUGAUAUUUAAACAUCUAUACUAGAGUAAUUUCAUGAACGUAACUUGACUUUAGAGUCCCAUGCGUCUCGGUUCACGAUGUGUGCUCGUUUUGAUAUACACAAUGGCUUUGGUGUUAACAUCGCACCGAGAUAAGUGAAAUUGAAUUACGAGGUUCACCGAGCGUUUUGCCAAUCUGUAUUAACGUUAUGCAAUACGUGAGAGAAAGAUCGGUAUUGGCGGUUAGUACACAAGCGAUGUUAGCGAUGGCGAAUGCGCAAUUGGCGCGGACAAAACGUAACAAUUUAAUGCAGGUAUAUUGACAAUGACAAACAUGUUAAUUUUUUCCACUCGAUAGGCGAAGGUACUUGUCUUGGACCACCUAUGUUUAAAUUUACUGUAAUUGUAGAAUGGUUAAACUUUGAUGUGGAACCGUGCUCGAAUAUGGGUCGCACGGUUUGUCGAACUAAGCGCGCAGGUACGGCUAGUUUUGACACUAAACGAGAUCAGAUCGAUGCAAUGUACAUACAUACUUCCAGUAGAGCACAAAAGUCUGCAUCAUAUUUCUGUAAUAUACCUGAAAUAAUUUCAACAUGCUCAGUUGUGUUUCAGAAAUCUUAUGUAUGUUGGAACUUUAUGUGUAAAGCGGCCCUUUGUGCCAGGAUUUCGAAUGAUCGCUCAUUUAAUUACAUUUGAUACCAUACACUGUAUUAAAAGAAUAACAUUUAACCGCUCAAACAUUGUACUUCAAGGAGCCAGUUACGGUGAUAACGAGCAGCAAUGCAAGAUUGUAAGUGUCCAAAACUUGCAAGCGCUACAAUGGGUAUUUGACUCACUGAUUUACUCAUUGAUUUACCUAACCGGAAUAUAGUGCAAUGUGAUAAAACGAGUGAUCAUUUUAUAUCCCUGGUUCGUACUCGACGAACGGACAUGUUGCAAUAGGGUAUUUCAUGGUAUUGAAAAUACUAAUUAAAAUGGAUGGUUAAAGUAGACCGCAAUCGGUGUAAAUAAUGUAUAUAAGAAGUGAGGUCUUGAGUGACAAGUGGAUGGCACCGGGGAGAUCCCAAUGUCCAUUCUACGAUGAGAUUAGUUAGUAAGAAUAGAGAGCUGCUCUUCGGAUCAAGACGGUAUAUUUCAGCCGAAGAGUAACUCAUUUAAACAUCGGUCCUUUUCGAUCCAUCUUUUAAUCUCGAGGAUCGUUUCAAGAUUCAAACCAUAAUUCCUGAAAGCAUUCGGCAUAUGCCUAGCGGUUGACAUUGUCAAGUGCCGGAAGUUGCGCAGGUCCUGUUUAAUGGGUCCUUUUCUUAUUUACAUGUCCGAUUGGAGCAUUAUGUCGAACCUGGUGCUUCGGGUCAUCCGCAUUUGAUACCGGAUUGCUUUGGACACGAUAGGAAUGCCUGUGCAACCAAGACAAGGCAUACCAUUUUCUGACAACAGUGUUAAGCUCGAGGGGACGUUCUUGGUGUUCGCCGGUUUUACCCUCAAUCCCCCGUAAUUAUUACGGCAAUUAUUACCGUCGAUCACCGAAAACGUGCCCUCGCUUAGUGCAGUUUCGUGUGAUACGAGAUAUACGGUGCUACGCUAACCUCCUUUCGCCUAGGCGCGUGUUACUGUUUUACGUUGGCAUUAAGAGUGAGAGGGAUAAAGAGCGAAAGUGAGGGAAAAAAAAGAGUAAGCGUUAAGGAGAAUUUAUUUAACGCAUUAUUAAGUUUUAGUUGCGAAGUUAACUGACAUCCUUUAACACUCGGCGGGCCGAUGAGUCCGCCUCCCUGUGCAAGAUACUAGGAUUAAGGCAUUUUUUAUGGAAAAAAAAAAUCAUUUUUAUAUCCUAUCGAAAGCGCCAAGAUCGCAGCCGCGCGGUCCACUUAUCCCUGUAAUUGAUUAUGGAUUGAUUACGCCGUCUCCCUAUUCUCUCGCAUCUGACACGUUCGAAUCAUCGACCCUCUCCUCUUCGUUCCAAGUCGAGACCCUUAGGGGCCGUGGAAGGCAAGGAACUUGAAGUUUGUCAGCCCGGGGUAUCCUUUCCAGUUUCUUGCUUUAUCAGGUCCCUUAUUAACCCUUUGCACUCCGAAUAAAUGGGAUAUCGAUUGCCGAUGUCGAGUCACCCUCGACAAGGGAGGGCAAAGGGUUAAGACGAGUCCGAUGUUGGAAUGGACAGGAGGGAAAUAAGUCUAACGAACACAGAUUUGAUGCUGCGGGGCGAAGUACGACCAAGUACAAAGGUAAAAAAAAAAAUAAACAAACAAACAAACAAUAAUACCGAGGAUCUUACGAAGUGUGCGAAAGCGAGAGAUAAUUAAAGAGAAAAAAAAAAAACAAUGUACGCGUGUGGGAAGAAAGCAAGCGAGAGUGGCCUGUGUCGGACAAAUGUUUGCGUGCGGGUUAGAGCAGUACUUAUAGAAUAGUUCUGUAAUUUUCUAUGUACAUAGCGUAUGCACACAUGUCGGAAUAAGCAUAUUAUAUACUCGCGUGUACGUGGAUAUACAUAUUUCAUUACACGAUGAGAAUAUGAAUCUCCCCGCGGGGAGAGACAGUGACACGCAAGAAAUACGUUUACAUUUAAGCCUAAGCACUCACGAGGUGGCACUUAAAGAAAAAAAAAAUACAUAUAGUUAAGUUUCUCCUAUAUAUAUAUAAUAUAUCAUAUUUUCGAUUCUCGGCCCGAGUGUAUAGCUACGCGUAGAAGCACGAACGAGAGAAACGAUUCGAUCCUACGGCAUAGAUAGACAAAUAGUACACAUAGUAUUUUUCCAUAAAGGUGCACGCGGAGACGUCGUUCUCGUUACGAAUUCUAUGUACAAGAAUCGCAAUGUUUCGUGGAGCAAUUAUUUGUUACAUGGGUAUUCGUACGUUGGGUUUUUUUUUUAUUAGCGCCGCUGAAUCGCUCGAGAAUUUUGGAGAACGAUCCCUGCGUUUUCUUUUUUCUUUUUUUUUUUAACUAUCCUCGAUGUCCUACAAAGUGGUCUCGCGGUUUAAACGUCGUUUUAUUAUCGUUUUAACGAACAAUUUAUUAUUUUUUAUUUAAGUAACCGUCGAGAAGGGACAAUUCUUGCAGGACGUCCCCUGCUCGAAAAGUGUUAUUAUACCCGAAAUAUCGAAAUAUUCAAAGUAAUGGGCCGAUUUUAUGUUCUUUUUGUAUGAUCGUCGUUUAACCGCGAGGCUUGUAUGCAUUGUGACAAAUGAUUGUUCACCACGACCGGGUCGCGAGAGACAUGUUUAAGAAUCCCUUGCCUUGCGAGCAACUCGAAGAAAGAGGCGUCCCUUCCGAAGGACUUUUUCUUCUCUUCCCGGAAGUGUUUCCCUAUUUUCCGAGUCCCUCGCAAAGUGGCCUAUGUAGGAUAGUUUCGAAGAAACAUACUUGCUUGUAGAUUUGUACAUAUGUACCUACGUAGCUGGUUCGAAAUGCCGGCUACCUCGAGUGUGUUCCGCACGAGGGCUCUCGAGUCUCCGGCACGUGUCCGACAUCAACCCAAAUAUGUAAGCAGAAUUCCCGAUCCGGAGGAGGAAAUCAAAUUUUUACUAUACAUGUCUUUUUGUUUAUCAUACGACAAGGCCAAUAUCCACUCUCGCGAGUCCACGCCUCUUGUUAAUGUACAUAUAUAUGCAUGAGUGUCAGUGCGCGCGGAAAACCUCGAAUUUCCCGACAAUAUUUGCAAGAUGUCGGCGCUCCGUUCUAUAUAUAUUGCGGGAUAUACAUAUAUAUACAUCUAUAUAUACAGAUAUAUAGUGUAUAUAUACAUAUACGAAUAGAAAUAUGUGCUUCUUUCGAAUUUACAUGGAAUUGAGGCGAGCCUGAAAGGCGGCAUACACGAGAUAAAAAAACCGAAUGCGAUGUAGACGAGGAGAAUUGCGCGAAUGUUGCUCAAAAUGAAAGAAAAAGAAAGAAAAAGAGAGAUCGGCGAGUUAAUCGAUGGAAGUAUAUAAAGUCCUGGUAUUGAGGGUCGAGGAGAGAAUUGAGGAAAUUUUCUACUUUGCGCUCGACGUCGAAGUCCUACAAUUUUUCGUAUUUAUAUUCUCUGUAUUAUAAGAAACGUGUAUUUUGUAUUCCAUGGGAUUUUGGAAGAUCCGAAACGCUAACGCUUCUGGACAUUUCUAUAUCGUCUUGUAAAGCUCAUCUAAAGCUCAUCUCUGUUACUUUAGAGGACUUUUUCUUUCCUUAUCUUCUGUUCGUAUUUUUCAUCUCGUUCAUAUCUCUCUACGAAAGUCGGAAUCGAAGAUUUGACGGCUGUUUAUUGGAAUUAAAAGGAGAAAAGGUAUACCACGUCUGCUAGUCUAGUUGCAACGUAAGAAUAUAGUUGUUAAGGUUAAAAUUAUUGCGAUGUGCUGAGUGCAACUGGUGGGCACUAUUUAACGUGGUUUCGAAAAAUCAUUAUUAUUUUCCACUUGGCUGUUUUUGGUUUCGAAUUAUUUCGGCCCUGGUUGCACUAGGCACGAGAAAUUCCUUCUCGAAGACGGCAGCUUAAAGCUUAACCCUUUGCACCCUGCGCCAUCCCAUCUAGACUUAAAAUGUCACCUAAGAGGGAACAACCGAGUGCAAAGGGUUAAAAAGGAACUUCGAAGGUUGCCUUAAGUGGGCGAAUUAACGAGGAGAAAUGAUUUAAAAACGCGCCAGAUGAAAAGAGAUCCGAGGGAAGGAAGGAAAACAAAGAAAAAGGAAAAAGAAAAAUGCGAAAUUUAGCGUUAGCCGCGCGAAUAUAUUUUACGACACGAGGACGAGAGGACGAAUGAAUGGGAAAAAAGUAUGCCGGAGAGAUCUGAGGAACAAGAAGAGGAUAUUUUAUUCUAGAGAUUCGAAAUUAUUAUAUUUUAUUAAACGAGACGAGAUAUAGGCGACUUAAGUAGCUAAGGUUUAAGGCGGAGUAAGAGAGCAAACGGUGCAAAAUUAUUAGGAAAACCAAGAUUAAUGUGCGACUGUUCGAACCUAAAAGUCUGAGAGCAAAUAUGAGAGAUACAAGAGAGAGAGAGAGAGAAAAAAAAGUAAUACAGAAAUAGCUGAUUCUUUUUUUUUAUAUUUUCCUAUGCAACAAUUUUGUAUCCGGACGUGAACGUAGGCGCAUUUGGAGCAUUCGACGCUGUUCCCUUUCGAAAGAAUCGAUUUACUCGGGAUGGAUUUAAAGAGGCCGGUUCAAAAUGGUAUUUUGUUGGUACCACUUACACGUGAUAAACAAUCGUUUAUUCCGAAAUACUGAGGCCUAUGUACGAGGCGGGUUAUACAUUCAUCGGAGUCGUUGAAUUAAAUUUCAUUCAACUGAAUUUCUACUUUCGAAUUAUUGAUUUAAGGUGUUAUGAAAGGGUCAUUUUGUACACCAAAACGUCAACGAAAAUUUAUUAUAUAAAAAUGUGAAAAUAUUUAUAAAGCUUUUCUCCAAGCUGGGUGCACCGAACCAUUUAAAACUUCAGUACGUGAUUAUGAAUACUCUAGGGAAGAACGCAACGCUCGUGAAAUUUCAUUAAAAAAAAAAAUUUUUUGUUAUUUAG